ACUCUUUCAAAGCUAGCAGGCUGCAAUCCGAUCUGUGCGGCAGCUACAUGAUCUCUUGGAAGCCGUGCCCGCUCUCUCGCUGCUUGCUGCCGAGUGUUUUUAGGUGCCGAACCCCGGGAAGGAUGUCUGUAUCUCAGCUUUGAUUGCCAUCGCUGUCCCUCACCCCCUUCCCUUCCCCUUUUCCUAAUAACCCCAUUCCCCUCCCCAGCCCUUUUCUCCGAGUGUCCCCCCUCUCAACAAUGUUGCCAUGCUGCUGCUGGAUCCAGCCUCUGCCACUGCUAGCCGGUCUUGUGCUCUGUGUUGCCUUUCAGGCUGGAGGGGAGCCAUGCCCAGCUAACUGCCUCUGUCCAGACCCUCACACAGUAGACUGCAGCAGCCUGGGGCUCACCAGUUUGCCAGACUCCAUCCCUUUGGAUGUUCGGAGACUCCUGCUUGCCGACAACUUGAUUGAACGAAUCCCAGCGGAUUUUUUGGUACUGUACAGUGAUCUGGUGUACCUGGACCUGAGGAACAACUCUCUGUCAGCCAUUGAGUUGGGCACUUUUGUCACUUCCUCCAGACUGGUGUUCCUUGACUUGGGUUGCAACAAUUUAACUGAAAUCCCUGCAGGGACCUUUGGGGGAUCUCAUAGCCUGAUUAAACUCCGUCUGGGCAGUAACCCGUACCUGUCCAUGGUGAGUAAGGAUGCCUUCAGUGGACUGACGGCCCUACGGGAGCUGGAGCUGGAACGAAACGCUCUGUAUGGCCUACAGGUGGCAGCAGUGAGUCAGCUGCCCUCUCUUAGAGUGUUAAGACUUGAAGGGAAUCCUUGGGUGUGUAACUGCAACUUUUCCAACCUGUUUACAUGGCUAACGAAAAACUCAGACAAGCUUCCAAGCGAAAAGAUGAUUGACACUGUUCCAUCUGACGUUAUCUCUGGAGUUGCUACAUCCUCCCAGAAUGCCUUAAAUUCAAAGGAGCCACCAUCUUAGUCAGCCUACCUAAGACGGAAGUCGGGACGAUUCACUUUUUUGUGUCAUAACAAGCAUUUUCUUUCAAUUUAUUACUUAGAAUUAUACAGGAUUGGACACAAGAUGUCCCAGACCUCUAACCUUGGCCUGUUAUCACAAUCUAUUUAAAAUUAAAUCUACAACACAAUAAAGUGUGCAGAAAGUGAGUCUGAAUACUUUCCGAAUCCACUGUUAAUGAUUUAUGUAGCUUAUUUAGUUGACUGCCCUGUCUCCUUAAUGUAGAACCAAAGGCGAUGGGGUCACUUGAUCAUGCUGCUGGAGUUUUGACCAGCUAUUAUUUAAACAGAAGCUUCAGAUUUAU